UUAAAAUCCCAAGUCGUGGCAUCGUUACAUUCAGUCCGCCGUGUCGCAGAACCGCGUGUCGAUGGUACGCACACUUCGGGUACGUACCAUCUGAAAACUGGUUCGAACAAAUUGACCAUCGGUGCCGAUACGCGCGGUAUUUUUCCUUAACGAGAAACCCGUCACGCACCAAAGAAGGAAAAUAUACCGGAUAGUAUUUCGUACUCGCUCUUUUUGCCGAUGUCUAUUCCUAAGAUAGAUUAACGUUACUUUAACGUUAAUCUCGGUUUUUUUCAGAUUGUGAAAAUUAAAAAAAAUAAAUUAAAUCGAAACUCUUGUGUUACCGGAAGCCCAAUUUUGUGCGCCUUUUAAGUAUUAUUCUUUAGGCUAAAGGCCACAAAAGAAAAUCAAUAGCAUUAGCAGUUUGCUGAAUUGAACGUCAGUCAAUGAUCAUGCUGUGGAAAAUACGCAUACUAUUUGGUAUCAUAAAUAUCAUUUAUGCAACAGCACAUCGGAUCUUGUUGUAUUUUAGCAAGAAACCAUCAAGUAUACCACCAAUAACUAAUUCCUUAUACAUGUUAAGUGCCUCAACGCUCGCUAGGAAAAUCAGGCAGGGAGAGAUUACGAGCUACGAAGUUGUGCAAGCGUACAUAACUCGCAUUAAAGAAGUGAAUCCCUUCCUAAAUGCCGUCGUCGAAGAUAGAUUCAGCGCCGCAAUAAUCGAGGCGAAGAACUGCGACGAACAAUUAAAAGCGGGCAAAUUCGAUGUCGCGAUCUUAGAAAAGGAAAAACCGCUUUAUGGUGUUCCACUUACCGUCAAGGAAUGCUGCGCUGUAAAAGGUUGCAGUCAUUCUGGCUGCACGUUGCCUCGCAAAGGAAUGAAGGCCGACUACGAUGCCACGGUUAUCGAGUUGCUACGAAAUGCCGGCGCGAUACCGUUGUGUGUUACAAAUACCCCGGAGUUGUCCACCGGCAUCGAGAGCACAAAUCUGCUGAUCGGCCGCACUUGUAAUCCUUACGACACCAGAUAUUCAGCCGGUGGCUCGUCUGGUGGCGAGGGUGCGCUGCUCGGAGCGGGUGCCUCCGUGAUCGGACUCGGCUCGGACAUGGCUGGCUCUAUAAGACUACCGGCAUUUCUUAACGGCGUUUUUGGACAUAAGCCCACGGCCGGUAAAUGGAUUUUCUUUAAUACAAAAAUAAUCUCCAACUGUAACUCUAGUCUUGAAUUCGAUCUAUUGGGGGACAAUGGAGUAUUUAUUUAUCCAACUUUCCGAAAUCAGAUACUUCCGGAUCUUGCGUUAUGCGAACUAUUGUCCGUUUCUAGUUGCGGUAUCGUCAAUAUUUUCGGCUUUCCCGCCGUGAAUGUACCGAUGGGACUCAAUCACGAUGGCAUGCCAAUGGGCAUUCAGGUAAUAGCCGCGCCUUAUCAGGACCGUCUGUGUCUGGCGGUUGCAAAAGAGCUAGAAACAGCUUUCGGUGGUUGGGUGCCACCGUCGGUGUCGAUACGCGAUUAAUAAAUCUUUUAUUUUAUUUUAUAAAUAAAUCAAAGAUGACGGUUAUAUCUCUGCUGCAAAAGGGAAGAGGUAUGCAAAUAGAGGAGAUCACAACGAUCUGCUUUAGUAGUUAUAAUCUUAUAACAAUUUGGAUAUGACAUAUAAAACUUGUAUUGUUCUUCAUUGCUAAAGAUUUAUUAAUACACAUAUACAUAUAUUAAUAUUUAUUAAUAUUGUUGUGUAAUUAUUAAUAUGCAUAGUAAUCACGUGGAUUUUCAUUAAUCAUCGGAUGAGAUCACUAUCGCUUUAUUACCACUAGCUAUUUCUCACCACGAAAAUAUUUGUAAAAUUUUACUAAAUAACGGUACCACCGUGUUCAUUUUUCACAAUAUGACUUGUACGGCAUAAUUAACAGUAUGAAUUCUUCAACAUCAUUCCUUUAGUACUCUUUAUUGUUUCUAUUCGAAAUGACUUAUCUACUAAAUCUCAUCACUAAAUCGGCGUAAAGGAUUUUAUAGACAACAACAUUAUUACAAGAUUAUAAUUUGGAAAUACAUGUUAACGAUAAUAAA